UAUACAAACAUUCUAGACUUGAUAUAUCACCUAUAGUAGUCAUGUUUAUGCCUCAGGCUAACCAGGGAUUAGCUAUUCGCUCAUUACAAGUGACUUUCCCCAGCUCACCACUUCAUGUGUCUAUAUACACCACAGAAUAUGUCAACUCCAAUGGCAUCUCUACUAAGACCUCCAAGAAUCUAUACCAUCCACCGAAGAGUACCCUCAUCAUUAAGGAAAUACACAUCCCAUCAAUAUCUCCCUAGGGACAUCCCCAUCGAGGAAGAAACCCUCCCACACUACAACCCCACGCACUACUACCCCGUCAACAUAGGCGACAUCUAUCACUCCAGAUACCAAAUCACAGGGAAAGUCGGAUACGGAGCCGAUUCUACAAGCUGGGUGUGUCGGGAUCUCCGAUCCAACAAUGGAACGAACAAAUACACAGUCCUCAAAAUCUCCACUUCCUCCCCAGAAUCCCAUAAUCGCGAAUAUGAUGUCUAUGAACAUCUCGCCAAAGUAGUGGAAAAAGGAUCUUUACAUCCAGGCCAGUCCUUGAUUCGCGAGGUGUAUGAUUCUUUCGAACUUCAGAACACUACUGAAGAAGAAGGAAAAGGAAAAGGGGGUAUACAUCAAUGUCUAAUUCUCCAGCCCAUGACCAUGUCCCUACUCGAUAUGAUGAGGUUGAAUUCUAAGCCUUUUGAUCUCCCCUUGCUGAAAAUGACGGUCAAACGAGUCCUACUCGCGCUUGAUUUCCUGCAUGCUGAGGCGGGGGUUGUUCAUACUGAUAUAAAAGCAGACAAUAUAAUGCUCACCCUCCACGACCCCACCAUUCUCACCUCCUUCGCGGACGCAGAAUCAACAUUCCCUAGUCCAAGGAAGGUAUCACUUACCGAUGCAUCACGUAUAAUCCACCCAAGCCGUCAACUCCCCCAUCCAAGAGGAGGUAAGAACUACGGCCUCCCUACUCUCUGCGACUUCAGCGAAGCGCGCAUCGGCACCGUCCAGAAAGAUUCAGGACCGUUCGUGCAGCCGUGUAUUUAUCGUGCACCGGAAGUCAUCUUCGAAAUGCCGUGGGGGACGGCGGUGGAUAUUUGGGGUGUGGCGGGGGUUAUAUGGACCCUCUUUGAGGGCCAGCACCUCUUCGGAGAUGAUAUAUUCGAUCCCAUAACAGGCCACCACGAUCCGUUCCGCCAUCUAGCUCGCAUGGUAGCUGUAAUUGGGGAGUUUCCGUCCCCAGAAUUCGUACGCAGAAGUGAGACGACGAGACAGUGUUUUGAUGAGGGGGGUAACUGGAUCGCCCACGCGGAAGCAUCCAUACCUGAUAAUAUCUCCCUGGAAACCCUGGAGAGACGCCUUACCGGUACGGAGAAAGAAUUAUUUUUGGAUUUUAUGAGGGCGAUGUUGAAGUGGAUGCCUGAGGAGAGGAGUACAGCGGGGGAGUUGUUGGGGCAUGAGUUUUUGGGGUGAUUUUGAUUUUUCACUUGGUUCUUGGGUCGGUGGGUAGAUUAUAUGGAUGGAUGUCUUGGUGGUUUUGGGUGUGGUAAUUGUUCUGUAGGGGCGGGGAGAUGUUGAAUGUGUUUUGGCUACUAACUAUUAUUAUGUGUGUUUAUUAUACGUAAGAGUUGCUUUUUGAGGAGAGGGGAGUUUGUAUUGGCACG